AUGGAAGAUCUAUCGUCAUCUAUUAAUCAAUAUAAAACUCAGUUGUUGGUAGUCAAACAAAGCCUUCAGUCUACUAGUGAUGCAGCAGAAAGACAAUCUUUGUUGGAGUUGCAGUCAGAACUCCAGCAAUUAAUAGAUUUAACACAAGAAAGUAUAGAUGCACAGAGCCAACAGAUUUCAACAGAACCUAGAGAAGAAAAUGAUAUAGACACCAAAAAUGAGCUGGAUGAUGAAUAUGCUUUAUUUAUGAGAGAAAUGGCACAAAGUGGAGCUUUUGAAAAUGAAAAGAGUAAAGAAGCACUAAACCAAUCUGACUCAAAAAAUGAUGAUAGUGACAUAGAGGAUGAGCUGUCUUCAUUGCUUGGUAUGAAGUGUGCAGUAUAUCACACACACUCAUGGGGUGGCCACAGCUUACAUAAUGCCAUGGUUAGUUCAGUUGUUCCACGUCAAGAUGAUGAUCAAUUUGGUGAUUUGCAGGUAAGAGUAUUAUUCACACAUCCAACCCACACUGAGAUGUUGCCAUGUCCCUAUUUUUUAAAUGGUGAAUGCAAAUUUGAUGAUGAAAAAUGUAGAUAUUCUCAUGGAGCCAUAGUGCAGUUGUCAAGUUUAAAGGAAGCAAUUGAACCUCAUUAUGAUACUCUAAAAGUAGGAAGUAGGGUACUGCUUAAACUUAAACCACCUGAUACUGAGGAUGUCACAACGCCAAAGAAAUCAACUGAGAAAUAUCUCUUAUGGCAUAGAGGGGUUGUUACAAGCAUAGAUUUAGAGAAUAGAUUGUGUACUGUGAAACCAGAACAGAGAGUUAACACUGGAGAGAAAAGAAAGUCUGCUAAUGAAGAAUAUCAUGUGCAAUUUGAAGAAAUCUUUCCAUUGAGUAUUGGAGACGACAGCAGUGACUCUGAUGGCAGUAUCAGUGAUACUGAAUAUCCCGAGAGAAAAGUCACUCGCGUAGAGUCGAACUCCGCACUCAUUGUUGACAAAAGCUUGCAGAAUAACUCCCCUGCCUUAGGGGAGUGGGAGAAACAUACCAGAGGUAUAGCCUCCAAGCUGAUGCUGGCCAUGGGCUAUGUGGCAGGAAGCGGCCUGGGAGCGACCGGAGAAGGUCGCGUACAGCCGGUUGAAGCCCGUCUUUUACCUGCGGGCAAGACAUUGGACCAUUGUAUGGCUAUAUCGGAGAAGGCGCGUACGCAGGAUCCCUUAAAGGUCGAACAACGUUUAAAACGUCUACAAAAGAGGGAAGAAGAAAGAAAUAAAAGAGCAUACGAAAGAGAAAAGGAAAGAGAACGUCGUAAUGUUUUUAACUUCAUAAACAAAACGUUAGGGGAUACUACAGAAGCAAAUGAAGUACCCACAACUUCUAUAGACAUAAAACAAACUUCAAGCAAAGAUUUAAAUAUAGAACAGUUUAAACUAGAAGAAGAGAGCAGAAGAGUAGAAGGUGAAAUAAUUAAAUUGAAGAAUACACUCGGUAGAUAUCCUCCAAGUACAAACGGACACAGAAGUGUGGCUCAGCAGUUGACAGAGAAAAGUAAAGAGUUGGCUACUUUGAAAAACAAGGAACAACAAAUAGCUCGAGAACAGAAACAUCGUAAGGACAAACAGAAAAUGACUGUUUUUUAG